UGUACAUAUGUAUGCAUGUGUAUUUGUCAUAUGUUAGCACGGCUGAUAAACUCGAGUUGAAGUGAAUCAUUUGUUUGGCUCCAGUUUGAGUUUGUUUGUUUGUGUAACACGAAGCGUAUUAGUUUGUAGAUAGUUGCGGUAUUUGUGCCGCACAAACCGACAUACAUACAUAACUGAAGUAAAGCUCUUUGCAUUAGCAGACACCCACAAAAACAAGAAUUGAUAAUUGAGGCAACCAGCAUAUAGAAGAGUGCCAGCCAGAGUGACCAGUUCCAAUUCGGUGCGACACCAGACAGAGUCAUCAUCAUGUCGCAGUCACUGAACAAUCCCACAGGCGGCACGCAUCGUGAUUAUGGAGCAACGUCCAGUGCCACGCCCGAUGUGAGCUUUGCGGCCACCUCCAGUGGCAACUCGGGAUUCAGUCCGACGGAGUUUGUGUCGCUGAGCGAGGAUAUUGGUCACAAUAUCACUUCCAUACUCAGUAGCACCAAGCAGCUGGAAAAGCAAUUGAAGCUGAUUGGCACUUCCAAGGAUUUAUCUGCGUUCCGUGAGAAGAUACACAGCACCAAUACAAAGACAAAUGCGCGUGUCCAGACCACCAGUCAGGACUUACAGCGUCUCCAAGCUGUCGUUCGCCAUGGCGAUCGCCAGCAGAAACUGCAGCUGGAGAAGCUCACCCACGAGUUUCACAACGUGGUCGAGAAGUACUCGACGCAGCAGAAGCGCAUUUCGCAGGCGACACGACAAAGCUAUCAAGUGGCCGCUGAUGCGGAACGUGAGGCUGAGAUGACCGCCAGAUCGGAGUUGCUGCAGCAGCAACGACAGGAUCAGGCUGGACUGGAGCGGCAGCAUGAUAUGCUUGUGGAACGUCAGCGACAGGUUGAACAAAUUGAGGCGGAUAUAAUCGAUGUGAAUGUCAUUAUGAAUAAACUGAGCACUAUGGUGGCUGAGCAGAGAACUGCGGUGGAUAAUAUUGAAAACACUAUCGAUCAGACGGCUGUUGUCUUGGAGGAGGGUCGGAGUCAACUUCAGAAGGCGGCUGCUAGUCGUAAUAGCCAUCGUCGUAAGAUACUGAUACUAUUAGUGAUUGCUGUGAUAAUAGGUUUAAUUGUAACUGGUAUCAUAGUCGGAAAAUUGAGUUAAUUGUUUUAAAUAUAUGUAUACCACAACUACACACACACACACCAACAUACACAUACACAUACACAAUUAAUAAUUAAUUAAAGUUUUGUAAAACUAUUUUUAUAAACAAUUAUAAUGCAUUAAUCACAAAGUGAGUUAAAGCGCGCGCCAAGCGAGCAAAGACAAAAAGCAAAAUUAAAUACAAAUACGAGUUUAAAUCCGAAGCGCGUUGUAGAUUUUAGUUAUGUGUAUUAACAAAAUAAUUGAUUAUUAUACUUAUAAAUAUACAUAUGUACAAGAAAGGAAAACCAUUUAAAACAACAUAACAACUACAAAUAUUCAUCGCUUUUAAAUGUUAAAUUAUUUCCUGUUAAAACAAAUAUCAAAAAACAAUCAUUUCGGUUUUGCAUUGAAUGUACAAUUUGUUUUUCUAGUUAAGCAGGCAAAUAAUAUACGUUAAACGAA